AUGGCUCUCGUGCCCCGCGUGCCAUUUCAGAAGCUCCACCCUUCACAAUUGCCAGGAGUCAAGAGCCUGGUACGACCCAGGGACGUGAGGGUCGCAGCGGUGCAAUGCUCCUCCAAAAUGGGCAGCAAAGAGGCUGUGAAGGAGAACGCUGCCAAGAUGGAGACGCUGGCGCGUCGCGCGGCAGGCAAAGGAGCCAAGAUCAUUGUCUUCCCUGAGGCGUCACUCACUGGGUACACCUCCCAGCCCUUUCUCCACAACUGGCACCGACCGGAACGCGGCUUGCAAGCGCGUUUCGCUGGAAUCAAUCCUAAGGGCAUCGUGCCCAGGCUGGAGUCUCCGAUUCAGGACAAGGACUUUGAUGCUUUGCUGGACAACAUGGACCUGAGUCGAGAUGGCACAAUCCACUGGCACGAGGUCAUGCAUAGCGAAGGCUUCGAACAGUUACCCAAAGACGUGAAGAAAAAGUUCCAGAAAGCAUUUGUUCGCGCUGACCGCGACGAGGACCUGGUAUUGACCUUGGAGGAGUUCAAGCAUUUCUACCGGGACACCGAGCGGAUCAUGCAGGAGCGGGACCUGAAACUGGUGAACGAAGCAAGGGCUCGCUUGGAAGCAAAGAAAAAGGCCACGGCUGAGGCCGAGGCCCAACAAAAAGGAAAAGAACUCUGA